GGUGAAUGGAUUAUGAUGGCCCGUCCACAGCGUGAGGGGACGAUUCAAAAUUUAUGACAAAACGUCGAGCAAUGAGUGACAACGUCUGGCCAUCUGAGGCAGAUAGCAUUUGACAUCACACUGCUCAUCAGUUCAGAAUUAUGGACAAUUUAGGAAAGCGUCUAUUUAUUUUGUUUGUGGGUCUUUUUUGGGCUAGUCUGCUUGCAUUACGAACACUUUACACCUUGUUCAAAGUUGGUCCCCGAAAGCUGUUGGAAAGAAGGGACCCAGGCAAUCCCCCAUCUGAGUUGUUCAACUCUGUCUAUGGUGAACAUGCUUACAUGAAUGUUGGGCCCAUUAAAAUACACUAUGUGAUCAGUGGUCCAGAAAAUGCUCCGUUAAUGCUGAUGGUUCAUGGCUUUCCAGAGAUUUGGUUCUCUUGGCGAAAUCAAAUCAAAGAAUUCCAAAAGGACUUCAGGGUAGUUGCACUGGAUAUGAGAGGAUUUGGUGACACUGACAAGCCGAAAGGAAUUCAGAACUACAGGAUAGAUUGCCUUGUGGAGGAUCUAAGACUUUUUGUUGAUGCUCUGGGCUACAAAUCAUGUGUGGUGGUGUCCCAUGACUGGGGUGGUGCUGUCUCCUGGGCAUUUGCUGCUCGUCACCCACAGAUUGUUGACCGGUUGGUUGUGAUGAACAUCCCACCAGUACCCAUCUGGCAUCAAGGUUUCAGCUCCAUCAGUAAGCCUGUGCAGUUUUUGCAUUCAUGGUACAUUUAUAGCUUUCAACUGCCAUUCUUGCCGGAGUUGUUCAUGCUCUUGGAGGAUGCAAUUUCUCUGAAUCAAGCCUUCCAGGGUCCAACCUCGGGACUUUUACUAUCAAAGAUGACGGAUGAUGAAGUUGAAUGUUACAAAUACUACUUCAGGAAAUCUGGCGCUAUGACAUCGGCCAUCAACUACUACAGGGCCAACUUUUACCCACCUGUGGCUCAGCAUGACCUCAAGUACCCCAUGCCACUUCGCAUUAUUUGGGGUUGCCAGGACAAAUUUCUCACCAUGGAUGUGUUGAAAGACACGCUUCUGGCGGUCCCAGAGGCAACGCUGACGAAGAUAGAAAAGGCUGGCCACUUUGUGCAGAUGGAUGAUCCAGUCAAUGUGAAUGCGAGUAUCCGAGAGUUUUUAGCCUCAACGAACUUUGAAAUGUCAAAAAAAUGAAAUCUUUUUCUGUAAGUUGGAUUCAACAAUUUGUGCAUUAUUUUAUGCCCCUGUGUCUCUUGCCAAAGAAAUCACUCCUGUAUCUAAAAAUUACUUUUGUAGUAUUCGUGUUUCAGAGACAGUAUCAGAAGCCUGAAAAUUUUACAAUGCUUGAUGCUGUAUUGUUUUGUCCUCCUCAUGGAAAACAUAUUUAUCUGUUACAUAAAUAUGUUGUUAAUAUGCUGCAGUAACAGCUCAAGCAAAAGGUUUUUGUUUUAUGUAUGAUUUAUACAAUUUUUUGAAUGAUGAAAUGUAACAAUUUUGCUGCUAUUCUUGCACUUUUCAAGAUGUCACCUGAAAACAACAGUGCGGUUACCUUCAAACGCCAAUUUUCAUAUGUAAUCUUUACAACUUUACUGGUACUGAGUGUAAGGUAAGUCUAAAUCCCCAUUGUAUUUCAGGCUUACAAUAGGCUACUUUGUCAGGCUUCAGUUUUCAUCAGUUGUGAUUUAUAAAUGUGUCUGCUGGCGCUCAUAACUGUUGUCGUCAUACAGAAUUGUAGGUCUACAUAUUGGAAACGUCUAGACAUGCUGUGAGGAUAAAAUUUUCCAGUUACAUGCUCAGAGGCAAGAUAGAGAGAUAUGUUGCCUUGCGGUGAAACCAGGCACUCGUCAAUAUACUGAAAUUUUUAAAAAAACAUUUUUCCUCCCUUUGGGCAAUUCUUAUCAAAUUUCUUAUACUUAUCAUACUAUUUUAUAGGGUCACUAUCUUUUCAUUUCCUUUUAAAACACAGUUCUAAAAAAAAAUGUUGAGCAAAAUCAGAAAAAAAA